ACUGAAAAGGAAAAAUAAAAGUGAAAAAGAAAAGAAAAGAGAGUGAGUGUCUAGGGUUUGGUUUGAAGUAGCGGAGCGGAGCUGAAUCGGAUUGGGAUCGGUGGUGUUGCCGAGGGAUGAAGCUCACUGUAAAGACUUUGAAAGGCAGCCAUUUCGAAAUUAGGGUUCAGCCCUCCGACACUAUUAUGGCUGUCAAAAAGAAUAUCGAAGAUGUACAAGGCAAAGAUAAUUACCCAUGUGGACAGCAAUUAUUGAUUCACAAUGGUAAGGUUUUGAAAGAUGAAACCACUUUAGCAGACAAUAAGGUAUCUGAAGAUGGCUUUCUUGUUGUCAUGCUUAGUAAGAGUAAAACCUUGGCAUCUGCAGGCACUUCAUCAACUCAGUCUGCUAGCAACCCUCCUGUUGCAGUAUCAACACCAAAUUCUGCGUCUCUAGUGCAAACUCAGUCUGCAAACAACAUUGCAUCUGCAACAGAUGUCACAACUUCAAAUGUGACUACAGACACUUAUGGUCAGGCUGCUUCAAAUUUAGUUGCUGGUAGUAAUCUUGAGCAGACUAUUCAGCAAAUUAUGGACAUGGGUGGUGGCAGCUGGGACAGAGAUACAGUUAGUCGUGCUCUUCGAGCAGCUUACAAUAACCCAGAGCGUGCUGUUGAUUACUUGUAUUCUGGAAUUCCUGAAGCAGCGGAAGUUUCUGUACCAGCUGCUCCUUACCCUAAUAGUCAGUCAAUUGAAACAGGUGGGGUCACUGGUGGAGCUGUUCCUGGAGCUCCUAACUCAUCCCCCUUGAAUAUGUUUCCACAGGAGACGAUUUCAGGUGCUGGAGCUGGAAUUGGAUCUCUUGACUUUCUUAGAAACAAUCCCCAGUUUCAAGCAUUGCGUUCGAUGGUGCAAUCCAAUCCACAAAUUCUGCAGCCUGUACUUCAGGAACUUGGAAAACAGAAUCCUAGUCUCUUAAGACUAAUUCAAGAGCAUCAUGCUGAGUUUCUCCAGUUGAUAAAUGAACCUGUUGAGGGUUCUGAAGGUGAUAUAUUUGAUCAGCCAGACCAAGACAUGCCUCAUGCCAUAAAUGUGACCCCAGCUGAGCAGGAGGCAAUUGGAAGGCUUGAGGCGAUGGGAUUUGAUAGAGCCUCAGUCAUUGAGGCAUUUUUGGCGUGUGACCGUGAUGAGCAAUUGGCUGCCAACUACUUACUGGAAAAUGCUGGGGAUUUUGAGGAUUAAAUCACUAACCUACAAUGAAUUAUAGUUUUGUUCGGCCUUCUUUUAUUUUGGGGUGAGGAGGUGCAUUUUUUUCCCCAUGAUGUGGCUUUUUUGGCAAAUUUGCGUGGGUAGAGUUUUGGAUUUGGAUUGACGUAUUUAACCAAUAUAGUUGAUUAUUACUCAUGAUUUUAGAAUGGUUUAGUUUAUAUUACAGCAUUUCUAGUUGUCUUCCGUGAUCAGGUCUCAAAUCACUAAUUGUAAGUUAAUUUAUUGGUACUAUCGUAGCAUUUUAAUUGUCACCAAUGUUAGAUUUCUGCAUUGCGGCAGAUUCUGAUCUAUUUUCGAUAUGUAUUUGUCUUUUCAACCCUUCGUUCCUUAUAUUUGGUAUAUAUUUGGGUAGGGAAAAAGGACCCGACUAUCAUGUUGGAAC